AUGAAGAGUUCAAAUGCUGCGGGCAGUACUGUAAUGGAACCAUGGUCUACUUCAUUCAAACCUUCUGGCCCAUCUUCAUCUGUGUCUACAAAACUUGGCGAAAGCAACUUCAGAAGAAUCAGCCGCACAGAGGAAAGCUGUCCUUAUCCAAUCCCCGGCCUAGCAGCGGACAUUCUGCACAUGCGAGUGAAAGAAGGAAGCAAGAUUCGCAAUUUACUAAGAUUUGUAACAGCUCGGAUGCAAGAGGAGGGAAGAAACAACAACGGGACAUCACUGAGACAGGUGGUCUUCACUGGUUCAGGCAGAGGAGUCACCAAGACCAUCACCUGUGUGGAGAUCCUGAAACGUAAAAUUGGAGGGCUGCACCAGGUGUCCAAACUCUACUACAAGACAGUAAAUGAGGUUUGGGAGAAUCCACAGCAGGGAGCGCCAGGUAAAACCAUGCAGAGGACAGUCCCCGCCAUCUGCAUCCUGCUCUCUAAAGACCCUCUGGAUUCCCAGGAGCCUGGAUACCAAGCUCCACAGUCGCUCAGUGUUCCCACAGAGGACACAGAGAGACAUAUAGCUCUGCUCAGCCCGACUCAUAGUCUCUCUUCACAGCAUGCAGCCAAGAGACUCUGUCUGGAUGACUGGAGCGUAUAUUCUGCCUGA